AUGAAUUUGUACGUAUAUGGCCAAAAAGCAGUUAAAUCAAAAAACCUACAGAUUGGACCAUUCGAGGCUUGUAGACGCCUUGUGCCAUAUACGGUAAAAGCUGCAAGACAAAUUGACGAGUAUAUCAUCGAAUGUGACUUUGAUCAUUAUUAUACUUGUCCGCGAAAUUAUCUUCAAUUAUAUGACAAAUGCUAUUUGAUGCCGGAAAAUGCAACAAAUUAUUAUGGAAUCAACAAAACGUGUGGAGAAAAUUUCGAAUUGGCGAAACUCGACAGAAUCGAUCUGAUUGGAAUUGUUGAGAGAGAAUUCAGACCAUCGACUUCAGUUUGGAUGGAUUUUCUCACGAAUUAUGAGGGAGUUUACUCUGAAAAUAUUCAUAAAUCUGAUGAUCUCCGAGAUGACGAUGAUUAUUUCGAUUGGAGGGAACAGUUUAAUGGGAAAUACGGUUAUAUCAAACCACUUGAUAUCAAAGAUGACAAUAUUCUAUUUAUAUGCGAAAAACCAUACAAAGAUUCAUAUUCUGCUGUUAAUGGAGAUGUUGGAAGAUACUCCGAGAUAUUCUUUAAUGAAUACGCACUACCGAAUAAUGAAGUUUAUCCGACAUUUGGAAAAUAUGGGUUCGAAUUAUCUGAGUGGAAUAACUCCGGAAGAGGACAGAGUGUGCAAAGGUAUUACAAUUUCGAUGAAAAUGGCUAUUGUCGUAGUGAUUUCACUCCAUUUAUCAAAGGAAAUUAUAUGAAAUGUCAUAAGGCCUAUGAAGCCUUUUAUCCAUAUUCUGCAUCGAUUGGAGCAUGCAAAAGACGUAUAGGAAAAAGUAUUUGUAAACACUGCUCGGAUUUAUCUGGAAUGCUAAGCGAACCUGAAAGUGUAGAGGAAGUUGAACUAUUAGGAUCGAUCGCCAAAGACGGUUGGAACUACUAUCUCGCUGUCAUUAUGAUGAGUGAUAAUCUGUUUUAUUACAAUAGUUGGAAGAUCAACGACCCAACUUAUGAUUUCUACUGGUCGUUAUGGGAUCACCAUUAUUCCCCUGGUCCGCCAGGACAACCCAUCGUCCUCACAAAAAACAAACGAACAGGAUUAUCUUGUAAAAAUGCAAAAGUCCAGUUUGCAGUCAAUGAAUUUAUUGGACCAUUCGAGGCUUGUAGACGAGUUGUGCCAUAUACGGUGAAAGCUGCAAGACAAAUUGACGAGUAUAUCAUCGAAUGUGACUUUGAUCAUUAUUAUACUUGUCCGCGAAAUUAUCUUCAAUUUUAUGACAAAUGCUAUUUGAUGCCGGAAAAUGCAACAAAUUAUUAUGGAAUCAACAAAACGUGUGGAGAAAAUUUCGAAUUGGCGAAACUCGACAGAAUCGAUCUGAUUGGAAUUGUUGAGAGAGAAUUCAGACCAUCGACUUCAGUUUGGAUGGAUUUUCUCACGAAUUAUGAGGGAGUUUACUCUGAAAAUAUUCAUAAAUCUGAUGAUCUCCGAGAUGACGAUGAAUAUUUCGAUUGGAAGGAACAAUUUAAUGGGAAAUACGGUUAUAUCAAACCACUUGAUAUCAAAGACGACAAUAUUCUUUUUAUAUGCGAAAAACCAUACAAAAACUCAUAUUCUGGCUAA